AUGCCUCUUUUCCCUUACAAGCUACACGAGCUCUUGAGUGAGAUGGAAAAGAAUGCUGAUCUCUCGUCCAUCAUCUCAUGGACGCGAUCUGGAAACGCAUUCAAGAUUCACGAGCCUUUGCUCUUUGAAGCGAUCCUUCUCCAAAAGUACUUCCCACGUCAAACCCAGAUCAACUCUUUUAAGCGUCAACUGAUCUAUUAUGGUUUUGACAAUCUUGGCAAUGGCAUUUUCGCUCACCCUUGCUUCUUGAAGGACAGGCGCCAUCUAUGUGGCCAGAUCAAUCACACGGUCCCCACCAAGAGCCAACGUGAGGGAAAAGCGUUGAUCUCAUCGAGAAACACUCUUGGAAGGCGAGCCAAGCAUGCACUUCGUCAAAGACUGGAGGUAUCUCCUGCUUCUAUUCAAGCCACUACUACUACGACCACAACCAAGAAGAAGGAAGAAGCCCCAAGAUCGAGCGCAACUGGUGAUCCCACCCUUCGUCAUGUUAUGACAUCGCCAACGCCUCUGCCUCCAGUGCCCCUCCCUCUUCAGUCCUCGUCAAGCCCUCCUAUUCUUGCACGUUCUGCUCUCGAAAUGCCAAAUCAAUUCUGGAGUGGUGGUCACAUGAAUACUUCCUCCUACACGCCGCCAGCCACGAUGAUUCCGUUGCGGUUGUUUUCGAUGAAUCAGCCCAAAGCGAACCAGAACCUUUCUCUAUCGACACAAGGAUCGAUGUUUCCUCGAAUGAGCCACCAGGUGUCAGGCAAUGGUGGUGGCGGAUUCUUCUCUCAACUAGAUGAUGGUCUUCUUGUCACCAUGUUGCUUCAACAACAACCUGCUGGCGUUUCUGGUGGUGGUGGUGGUGGUGGAGGAGGAGGAGGAAGAACAACCAGUGGAAUUGUUGCACUGACCAAUGGUGGUCGUGUCACUCCUACUGCCGUCGCUACUGGUGCUGCAUAUCCUGAUCCAAUAACAAUGUCUUCUUUGUUCGAUGAUCAUGAUGAUACACCAGCAGCAAUCGUCCCACAGCACCCAAUGGCUACUGCAUGGUCUCAGAGGGUUUAUGGACGAUAA